UGCGAAGCUGAUCGUAGACUGACAUCAUAUAUACAUAGAUCAUAUACACACUUUAAAUACCGUUACUGUAGUCUUACUAACAACAGAAGUCUAUGAAAAUUUGGAACUGGAAGAGGCGGCCCGUGAUGGAGACGAAAAUGAAGAGUGGGCCUGUGAGUCAGAUUCUACGACCAUCGAGGAGUAUGAUCCUGAUGUGGGAUACCCAAUGGAUAGACAGAUUGUUACUCAAACAAUUCUUAUACGGCAUCCGCGUUCUAUAUUGGCCUGCGCCAUUAUUCAGCUGUGCAUUGGACUGCAGAUAGUUGUUUUUGGCAUUGUUUGCCACUUCUACGAUGGUUGCAGGUACAUGAGCAGCUUGUGGAUGGGUACAAUAUUCCUGACGAGUGCUAUUUGUGGCAUUGUAUUAAUCAAAAGCUGUCCAAAGCGAAACUGGCUGAUUUUUUACUUUUGCUCGACAUUACUCUCCCUAUUGCUCAGUAUCAUACUCUUUGGAAUUACACAACUGCUGCAGGCCAAUCAAAUCAUGGAGAAUACUAAAUUGGCUAUGUAUACCCUUCACCUCCUAUUUAUUCCCGGACAUGUUCCUAUGUCCCUCAGAAGUGGAACUAAACUGAAAAUGCAACUGGAUCCAGAGUACGCAAAAUACUUGAUAAAAAAGAAAUCAAAAAAGACCCAAACCACCGCCAGAAUGCGAUUGCUACCGGAUUUGGACUAUAGCAGGAGCAGUUGA